CCGUCAACAGAGAGCAGAGACCUGAAAAUGAGCCACCGUUGUGACAUCCAGUUGGACAAUCCCCGGGGGGCCUAUCGGGCCGGUGAGACGGUCAACGGUCACGUCUAUCUGACCCUUUCGGAGCGGGCCCUAAUCAGAGCAAUUAGCUUGGAGGCCAAUGGCUAUGCAUCUACCGCCUGGCAGCAGCCGCAAAAGCAGAAGAAACCAAAGAAAAACGAGCCGCAAGUGCAGAGUCAGAACUUGGACUUUGAUUAUCGAGUGGAUUACUUUGCCAAAAUUGAUUACUUUGUGGGCUCGGAGGCCGCCCAGCCACAGAUAAUGGAGGCGGGCACGUACAACUACGGUUUCCAUGUGAAGCUGCCCAAGAAUUGUCCGGGUAACUACGAGGGAGCCCACGGACACAUCCGGUACACUCUCCAAGUGCUCGUCCACAGCAGUGCCGAUCGUCCGCUGGAGGUGCUACAUGUGCGCCAGUUGCUGAUUUUCCCCCAGAACAAUCUCAGCCAGGAGACCCGGAGUAGUGAAGUGCAGAUCUAUGAGCAGACUCCUCGCCUGAAGUUCUGGAUGAAGCCGCUACACUUAAAGCUGCAGAUUCCCAGGCAGGGCUAUUCCCCAGGAGCGGGCAUCUCCGUUCACGUGAAGCUGCACAAUCCGGAGAGAUUGCCCCUUCGAGAGGUGACUUACUCCCUAGUUCAGAUCAGCACCUAUGUGGCCCACCUGAGGAACAAGCCGAAACGCCUGGAAUCCAAGGUGGAGCGACAAACAAUCCUCAGUAGCAGCCACGAGCUGCAUAGUCUCCCCCGUGGAGAACUGGAGAAUUUUCAGCAUCUUCACAUGCUGCAAGUGCCCCAAACGGCGGCCACUUUGAGUGUUGCAGGUUGUGCCUGCCUGCAGCUGAAUUACGAGGUGGAGGUGCUGGUCAGGACUCAGCAGGAGAAACGCUCCAUUUCCUCCCGAAUGCCAGUCAUCAUUGGCAAUGUGACGCCUCCCUGUCCGGGCAGACUCCUAAUGCAGGAUCCGAUGGAUGGCAGUGCCCCGGAACCCACUCCUCCCGCCGAAACAGCACAAAAGUUGGUUCCCGAUUUCAGCGUUUCCACCACCUCUUUGGCUUCGGAUUUCCGCGAAGCCGAGUUCAUGGUUGCCACCAAUCUGAACAAGACCAGCAAACACUACUUGUCCGGGGAGCAGUUGGAUUUUAGACCACGAUAUGUCUACUACGAAAUGGACCAGACUCAAUCGGAGGAAGUCAAGUCCCAUUGAUCGCAGCGCAGCAAUUUAUUACCUUAAAAAGUAGUCUAAUUUUGUUCAUUCAUUAGUAAACUUACACAAAAUAUAUAUU